AAAAAAAAAUGGGGGCGUCUAAAUUGAAAAAUGGGUGUCACGUGAGACGGCGUCUCAAGAGACAUUCAUUAGAAAGCGUAGAGAGAUGUGCAAAACCGUACACUUCCGAGACUAAUUUUGAACGUUGACUAUGAACAGGAAGGAGGAAGCAGAAUGUGUAAGAGUUGUCCAACUCCUCACUUCAGGUUCUUCAAAAACGCCGGAAACAGCGUCCCGUCGACAGGCGGUGUCUGCCUAAAUCGCCAUUUAUACUAGGGCAACUCAUCCAAAGCAAACAAACCCCAAGGCUUCCGGUUCCUGCAAAACGGAAGUAGUCCUUUCACGUCCGGUUCGCGUUUCCCCCCGAAGAGGAGAAAGCAUGGAGGCCAAAGUUGGCGUUCAUUCCGGCAAGAUGCCGACUCGGAAAAGACCUCGGGUGGGAGAGGAUCGGCUUGAAGUGACCGUUGUUUCUGAAGAGGACGUCCGCCGAGCUCACCACUUGGCUCUUCUGGCGGAAAAGCCGGCCUCGGAGCGUGGCCUGGAGGAGCUGGUCUUCGGCGGGGUGGAGGAAGACGAAGGUCUGCUGCUGCGGCGGUUUCAAACCUCGUGCGCCCAGAGUGGUGAUGUGGUUAGCAGUAACUUUGUAGAAGAAUCUGACGAUUCUGAAGCGGAGAAUGAUACAGAAGACAACUUACUUCCACUGAAAAAGCCAGCAUGGGUAGAUGAAGAUGAUGAAACUGAAGAAAUAAUUGACAUGACGCACCGGCAUCGGAAAAACAUGAUGAAAAGUGAUGCAGAAAAUAAGCUUUCGAAAACAAAACUUCAGAGAAGAUUUCAAGAAGAAUUUCAAGGUGCUAUGGGAACAACUCCUUCUUGGGCACUGAGAGGCAUGAAGAACAAAACCAAAAGGAAAACCACACACGAAGGUGACACCGAGGAUGAAGAGGAGGAGGACCUGUUGCACAAGACAGGCAAUUUUGUGAUCAUGUCAGACUCUUUACCGAAAGGCAUUUUACAGAUGAAAAAUUGUUUGCACGCCAAUAAUGAACGGGUAUCAGAUGCCAAAUUAACAACUGUUCAGUUUCAUCCUGCUGCUCAAGUUGUUCUGACAGCUGGGCAUGAUCGAUCUAUAUCACUAUUCCAGGUGGAUGGUAUCACAAAUCCACAGAUACAGAGCAUUCACUUGGAAGACUUUCCAAUUUACAAGGCACGUUUCAGUGCAGAAGGAGAACAAGUUAUAGCUACUAGCAUUCAUAACAAACUAUUUUAUAUAUAUGACAUGAUGGAAGGAAAAAUUAUUCCUAUAAAUCAUAUCAGAGGCUUAGAGGAGAAGAUUGUCAAAAAAUUCGAAGUAUCUCCAGAUGGAACAUUCCUGCUGCUUACUGGAACAUCAGGUUAUCUUCAUUUAAUUACAAUGAAGACAAAAGAAUUUGUUGGAAGCAUGAAAAUAAAUGGAAAGGCUAUUGCAUCAUCAUUCUCUCCAGAUGGCAGCAGAAUCUACACACAUUCUGAUGAGGGUGAAGUCUUCAUAUGGGAUGUGAAAAGCAGGCGGUGUCUGAACAAGUUUACUGAUGAAGGUUGUCUGCAUGGUACUUCUAUUGCAGUCUCUAAAAACAGCCAAUAUAUUGCAUGUGGUUCUAAUUCUGGAGUUGUGAAUGUAUAUGCCCAUGAUGAUUGUAUCAGAGAAACAUGUCCUAAGCCUCUUAAGGCUAUAAUGAAUUUAGUCACACCUGCUACAUCGUUAGUUUUCAAUCCAACCACUGAAAUACUAGCAAUGGCUUCUAAUAGAAUUGAUGAUGCAGUGAAACUGGUCCAUAUUCCUUCAUUUACAGUAUUCUCGAAUUUUCCUGUGUUCAGAAGAAAGUUGUUCUAUUUAGCUUACUGUAUGGAUUUCUCGCCAAGAAGUGGAUAUUUUUCCAUAGCAAACAACAAAGGCAAAGCUUUACUGUAUAGGUUGAAACACUACUCUGAUUUCUAAAAUGAUUACUUUAAAAUUAGAUUGUGCAACUUGUGGUUCUAAGAAAAUCGAUUCAAUUUUAUUAUCUUUUAAAAAAACAAGUAUUUCAUCACAAAUACAUUUUUUUUGUAAUUUACAAA